AUGCAGUUAUUUAGAAGCACAGUUUUUUUAGUUUUAAUUCACCUUAGUUCAGAUGUUGUUGCGGUUUCCUUGUUAGACACUUUAGAAUUUAUGGAGGGUGCACUAGAUAAGAUUUUGUUAUUUGCUGAUGGCGUUGAUGGUAAUGGCAGCCCCGCGGUCACUACAGGAGUAGGAAGAACAAGAUUUAAACGUCAAGAACCCAGUAAAUAUGUGCAAACCUCCAAAUUGCCACAACUUAAAUUGUUACGGAUACACCUGCAGAUGUUGAGAAACUUUUUUUUAAUCAAGAAGAAUAUUGGUGGCAGGCAUGCCAUGUCCCACAGUGUGCCGAAACCUACUGUUACCCUCUUUAAGAUACACAUCUUUGACUUCUUAUUCCCUGAGAUCGGUAUUGACGCCCCACCGGACAGAAGUAGAUUGAUUUAA